CCGAGCUAACCACUCCAAUUAGAAAGAAAAUAGCAAAAUUUCCCAUAAUGGCACUUCUAAUUCUCGCCUUGUUUGUGGUGUCUGCCUCAUUGAACAAAGCUCCAAGUACUUGCAAAGCUACGUAUGAAUCUUACCAUGUUUCGUCUCCAGGUGAUAUCAUGAUUGGAGGUCUCUUCCCAGUGCACGUGAAGACUACAAAUGCACUGGAUAGCAAAAAACCAGAGGGUCAAACUUGCAAAGAGUUUGACGUGCGAGGUCUGAUAAAAAUUCUUGCCAUGGUCCACUCCAUAGAGAUGAUAAACAAUUCGACUCUGUUACCUGGAAUCAAACUGGGAUACCAAAUAUAUGACACCUGUACGUCACCCACGAUGGCACUGAGGGCAGUCCUGAAGUUUCUUUCUAAAGCCAACUCUUCCGAUAACUGCGUUGAAGUUCACUGUAAUUAUACAGAUUACCUGCCAGCAGUUAAGGCAGUUAUAGGAGCUGCUACGUCAGAAGUUAGCAUUUCAGUGGCACGAUUACUGAACAUAAACCUUAUGCCCCAGAUCAGCUACUCGGCUUCGGCUAAAAUUCUGAGCGAUAAGAUUCGAUUCCCUGCAUUCCUGAGAACCAUCCCAAGUGACAGCUUUCAGAGUAAAGCCAUAGCCAAUUUGGUUCACACCUUUGAUUGGAACUGGGUGGGAACGAUUGCAAGCGACGAUGACUACAGCCGUUCAGGGAUAGACGACUUCAUUUCUGAGGCAGAGAGACUGGGCAUAUGCAUUGCUUUCCGUGAGGUCAUUCCAUUUUACUCGUCAGAUCGGGUAACGACUUCCAGGAUAAAAGAAGUAGCAAACACCAUCAUCAACAAGACACGGGCGAACGUCAUCGUUAUGUUUGCUAGAGCGUCUCAUGUCAUCGAGCUAUUCGAAAUCUUAGGUGUUCACAACUUGAGCAAAGUCUGGAUUGCCAGUGACAGCUGGUCGAGUAACAAUAACAUCACUCGCCUGGAAACAAUUCAUAACAUUGGGGAUAUCGUGGGAUUUGCAUUUCAAAAAGGGAAUAUCUCAAAGUUUGAAAACUACAUGAAAAAUUUGUCACUUAGUUUGACACAUCCAAACUCCUUUUUAAAGAAUUAUUACAUGUUUUACAACUCUUGUAAGGGUGAUCAAAGUAAAGAUAUAGAUACAUGUAUUGCAGAUGAGAGAUUUCAGAAUUAUGAUGCUGUCACCAAUGAUAUGCAAUUGCAAUCCCAGCAAAAUGACUUCCUACUGAAAAACAUCGAACCAGGUAUUACUUCAAGUAUACAGUGGUCAGUAGUUGCUGUUGCACAUGCACUCCACACUCUCCUACAAUGCAAUGAAGAGAUUUGCCAACGGUCAUUAGAUUUUGCACCUUGGGAGCUACUGGACACAUUGAAGAAAGUGAAUAUAACUGAAGACGGCUAUAGAAUCUAUUUUAAUACUUCAGGAGAUUUUAUCUCUGGGUAUGAUAUCCUCAUGUGGAAAUCAAUCAAUGGAAAGAUGGAAUUUAAUAACGUAGUUGCAGAGUAUGAUAUCCAGAAGAAUAAAUUUAUAAUUAAGAAUCCACAGUUCAACCUUUUAAAGAAUGUGAAAUCAAUAUGUUCGAGCCCCUGCCACCCUGGGCAGCUAAAACUGUCUUCUGAAAGCCAACACACGUGCUGUUACAACUGUAAAAACUGCAGUGACAAUACAUACUCCAAUACAACUGAUGCACAGGAGUGCUUUCAAUGCCAAGAAGAUGAGUGGGCUCCAUCGGGAAGUGCCUCAUGUAACAAAAAGUCCAUUGUAUUUCUUGAGUGGAGGAAUGCAUUUUCUAUAGUAUUGCUGGUAUUUUCAGCGCUGGGAAUAGUUUUAAUCUUUGUAAUAGCUGUUAUCUUCAUCAAGAAUAUUGGCACACCAGCUGUUAGGUCCAAUGGCGGUCACCUAUCGUUCAUAAUGCUUUUCUCUUUGAUGCUCAGUUUUGCAAGUGUUUGCUUUUAUCUUGGAAGACCCAACAAUGUCACCUGCAAAAUCAGGCAGUGUUUAUUUGGCAUCAGUUUCACUCUCUCUGUUUCAUGCGCUCUGACAAAGUCACUUGCAAUACUAAUAGCAUUUAACUUUAACCCGGCCAAUCAAAAUUAUUUGAAAACUCUCUACAAUCCAUGGCUCAUCGUAAGUUUCUGUACAGGACUUCAGGUUAUUAUUUGUGCAAUGUGGUUAAUUUUUAAUGGUCCACUGGUUCACUGGGAUGUUAACAGACACCCCACAGAAAUUUUGUUGGAAUGUAACGAGGGUUCUUAUGUAGCAUUUGCAGUUAUGUUGGGGUACAUAGCAUUUCUGGCACUGAUUUGCUUUAUAUUUGCCUUUAAAGGUAGAAAACUACCAGAAAAUUAUAAUGAGGCCAAGUUUAUUACAUUCAGCAUGUUAAUAUACUUCAUUUCAUGGAUCACUUUUGUACCCGUCUAUGUCACCACUAAAGGUCAGUUUCUCCCAGCAGUGGAAGUGGUUACAAUUCUAUCUUCAACCUAUGGGAUAUUGUGCUGCCAAUUUUUCCCCAAGUGUUACAUUAUUUUGUUUAAGAAAGAAAAUAACACCAGGAGUUCAUUUUUGAAAAAUCUCUACGACUACUCCGUGAAAACUGCAAAAAAUAUUUCAAACGAUAAGAUUUCCUCAAAAUCUUCACCUACCUUUCAUCCCCCCUUGUUCCUCAAAAAUAACAGCUCACAAAACUUAAUAAUAAAUUCAAAAAUAAGUUCUAUUUCUUUCAAAGAUAACAAUGGAAGAAACUGGAUUCCAAGAAAGAGAUUUUCCAGUAUAUAAAUGUUUAAAUGAUGAAAUGAAUUUCUUCUCAAAAUACUCACUUUGUAUUGAGGGCUACUCAUCUAGAAGUGGGGAUUAUAUUGUGGUCAUUUCCCUUUUGAUCACUGCAAAUGCACUUUAUUACUUCUGAGCUUCGCCUUUUGGGAACAAUGAAUUGGACCUUAGCGGUAGAACAAAAACCCAUUCAUUUCCUUCUAUUUCCAAAAGUUCAAAGUUCAAAGUAUAUUUAUUAUCAAUGUGUGCAUACUAUAUACGAACUUGAGAUUCAUCUCAUUACCGACAACCAAAAUGCAAUGGAACCCAGCAGAAACCAUUAAAAAAAGAAGCCAUCAUAUACCCCAACUGUGCGGAAAAAGAUACAAAUCGUGCAAACAAUGAAAGUAAGCAAAUUACAUUCAGAACUAAAGUUCAUGAAAGUGAGUUAUGGCCAGUUAGCUGCAGACCACAGCCUUAGUUCAGUGCAGAGAUGUGUAAACCGCGCAGAACAGCAAGCUGGACCAGCCCCCUGAGUCUGUACACCUCUAUUACAAUAUAGUAGGUAAAGAUGGGCAGACUGGGGGCAGUAGUUAGUGUAACACUAAUAUGACACCAGCUGUAAGAUUAGGGUUCAAUUCCUGCUGCUGUCUGUAAACAGUUUGCACAUUCUCUCCAUGACCACAUGGGUUUCCUCUGGGUGCUCCUGUUUCCUCCCACAUACCAAACACAUACAGGUUAA